GAAUCACAAGUCAAUCAUGAAACUCUCCUUGGUUGUCCUUUCACUCGUCUCAAUUGGGCUCAGUGCGCCUUUUGCGAAGGGAAAGCGUGCAAGUUGCACAUCUAAGACUACGCGAAAGUCUUGGCAUUCACUCACUCGCGAAGAAAAGCUCUCCUACAUUGAAGCGGAAAAAUGUCUUAUGUCUAAGCCUGCGAAACUUGGCUUGACUGGCGCCCGCACCUUGUUCGACGAACUUCAGCUGUUCCAUGUCUACCAGACUCCUGAAAUCCACGGUGUGGGUGCCUUCUUGCCAUACCACCGAUUUUUCGUACACGCACAUGAGCACCUACUCAAAACCGAGUGCAACUACACCGGCGGGCAGCCGUAUUGGAACGAAGCCCUUGAUGCCGGAAAUUUCUCCACUUCGAUUGUUCUGGACCCCGAAACUGGUUUUGGGGGCAAUGGCGUUGCACCGUCCAACUGCAUCCAGGAUGGACCGUUCAAGGACUACGUCAACGCCAUCGGUCCAGGCGAAGCGAUCAGUGACCACUGCAUAGACAGGAUCGUGAACGAGUGUAUGAGCGUGAUGGGCAAUUCCACCUUCGUGAACCAGUGCAUGCAGAUGCAAGACUAUAAAACGUUCUGGCCUUGUGUCGAAGCGGCUCCCCACUCAGCCGGUCAUGGCGGCAUUGGAGGACAGAUGAUGAACGUGUUCUCCAGUCCCGGUGAUCCCCUUUUCUACCUUCAUCAUGCUUAUCUCGACAAGCUUUGGGCAGACUGGCAGUCUCAAAAUCUUUCUGCCCGUCUGCUGGAUAUAUCGGGUACGAACAGGGCUCCAUUCCCUCCGUUCUCGUUUCCACUCCCCGGAAACGACCCUGGCAAUGUUACCACUUUGUCGCAUGUUUUGACAGUGUAUGGGGCUGUUCCAAACGUAACGAUUGCAGACGUCAUGGAUAUUCAAGGAGGAACUCUGUGUUACGAGUAUGUUUGA